CCUCCCCCCGGCGUCGUUGGAGCAGCUCAGCCGCCUGCAAUCCAACAUGGAGUAGUGAGAGAUGGGGCUCUAGCGGGGCCACCCCUCGGCAACAGCAGCGAAGACGCGCUUCUUUUUUUUACGCACAACUGGAAGCGGAGUCGUCGGUGAAAACAUGCGCCUUAGGACUUAAAAAACGGAGCGUGUGUGAGAGGGAGUGAGCGAGCGAGUUUGCGCGCGCGCGUGCGCGUGUGUGUCUGUGUGUGUGUGUGUUUGGGGAAGGUGGGGGGGUUAGAGAGAAUCAAGAGCUGGAUUCGGCAACCGAAAUUGCCAGUGCAGCCUGCGUUUAUCCACUGAUUGGGUAUUAAAGUUCCAGACGGAGAAGAGGAGGUCCUUUAUUUUUUUCUUCUUCUUCUUCUUCUUCUUCUUCUUCUUUUGCGAUCCAGAAGAAAACAGUGUGGCUUCAGUGGAGGAAAGAAGGAGAGGGAGAAUUUCAGGAAAAAAGGGACUGUCGAGGGCAAAGCCUGAGAGCCGACACUCGCACAAAGGCGCAAGGGGGAUUUAUGCGGAAUUGGACACAGGAUCGGAGGUGAAAGAAUGACGAGUGAAAAGUAUGCAACCGCCGUGGUACAUUACCUGAGGUGAAACGAAAAAAUGAUAGAGGAAACACACCCAAACGAUGACAGCUACAUCGUGCGUGUGAAAGCGGUGGUGAUGACGCGGGACGACUCAAGCGGCGGCUGGCUGGCUCAGGAUGGGGGGGCCCUCACCCGGGUGGGCGUCUGUCGCCUCCUUCCUACAGAGGUGACAAAUCUCUCCGGCUCCAGCAGUUCCCAGUUCGUCAUCCGGGGGGAACGGCUGCGUGACAAACAGGUGAUCCUGGACUGUCCGCUGAGGAAGGACAUAGUGUACACCAUCGCAAUGCCGACAUUUCACCACUGGAAGGUGGAGGACAGGCGGUGCGGCCUGUCGUUCCAGUGUCCAGCUGAUGCCAGAGCCUUCGACAGAGGGGUGCACAAAGCAAUUGAAGACCUGGCUGAAGGCUCCACGACUUCCUCUACGGCACUCCAGAACGAGGGAGAAUUGGGGGACGACGAUGUUUUCACUAACGCCACAGACAGCUCAUCCAACUCCUCUCAGAAAUUGGACAGCUCCCUGCCGCCGCUCGAGUCCUCGCCCCUUCCUCAGAGACAUAAGUGCACGCCAGGACAUCGACAUGACUUGCAUGAUGCCUACCGCCUCACAGACCACUACUACUUGGACCAGCCAUUGUCUCGGAUUCCUCGACACGUCACCUUCGAGGAUGAGGAAAUUGUCCGAAUCAACCCCCGGGAGCGCAGCUGGGAGCGAAGCACAGAACGCUACCUUGGACGCCAGGCAGAUCGCUCCUUGAACACGGGCUAUGAGGACUACCGACACGCCAUUGUGCGUGAUCGAUACAUCCACCCGGAUGAGACAGAGUCCUAUGUACACUUCGACAAAACAGAGGCGCAGAAGCACGACUAUACCUACCCUCUGGCACCUUCCUUGUCGCCCUCAGACUCUGACCCUGCUCUAGGAUCCUUGAACUCUAAGGGUCACAGCGGCUCCUACCACCAGCCCUUCUCUUCGGUCGUCUCCAGCCAGCCUCGGUCAUUUUUCACGAGCUCUUCCCCGUCCUCCAAUGGAAGGAAGGGGCGGAAGGACAAAGGGUUGGAGCGUGCUCAGUGCGAGCACUGCGGCGAGGCCUUCUACCUCUCCGAAAAUCGGAGAGGACGGUGCCAGGACGCCCCAGAUCCCCUGCGAGUGUGCAUCCGACGGGUUAGCUGCAUGUGGCUGGCAGACACCAUGCUCUACCACUGCAUGUCUGACCCAGAGGGAGAGUACUCAGACCCCUGCUCCUGCGACGGAGGCGAGGGUAGUGGCGGGGGCCGACUUGGCACCCGCUGGUUGGCUUUGCUAGGCUUGUCCGCAGUGGCGCCGUGCCUCUGCCUCUACCCGCCCCUCCACGCCUGCCACCGGGUGGGGCUCACAUGCGGCUGCUGCGGAGGCCGACACAAGGCCCAGAGCUGAGAUGUCGUACUUGGAAUCCUCUCAGAGGAAACAUUGAAAAAAAAAAAAAAAAAAAAACUUAACCCAACGCAAGCACAGGGAAAAGGACGGAUGGGGAAAAAGCUCAAAGAGGAGGAACAAGUGGUCGCGGCCGUUCGCUCUCUUGCCUUGGUUUUUCUGGGUUUCUCUACAAAUUCCAGACACUGAAAUAAGCCAAAUAAGAAAAAAAAAACUGUUGGUGCAUUUUGUGAACAGCCUGGGAAGAUAAGCUCCCCCUUAUGGCAGACAGUUCUUUCAGCUCUCCAUGUGGCCAUUUCAUGCUCUGUUUCUAAAGAGAGCAGUCUUUUUCAGGGGGCCUUUUUUAUAGCCAACCUAUACGUCAUGUAUCACAUAUGCAGGUACUUUAUAUUGUUAUAUUUGUACAUUGACUUGGCCUCAAAGAACUUGAAUUCUUUGUUGUAUUUUUUUUCUUCCUUUAAUGUCUCUGUGGCCAUAUUGUUUAUUUUCUAUUCAAACAUCAGGCCCGCUCAGUUCAACAGAAAUCAGACACUACACCUCUUUGGGAAUGUGUGUGUGUGCGCACGCGCGUAUGUAUGUGUUUAUAUGAGUGUAAGUUGAGGCAUUUUGUUGUCUUUACUGCAGCUUAUAGUAAAGCUAAUGUAUAUACUCUUCAUAGUUCUCUGCAGACAUCUUUCCUCGCUCAAACAAAUGCGGUACAAAUCUUAAAGGCACAGUUUAGAUUUUUGAAGCAAGGUUCUGUGAAGGUAUUAUCAGCACCAGGUCCCUUUCUUGUGAGCAGACAGACGUCUUAUCACAGUGAGUUUGUAGAAACGUCAGUAAAUCCUCACAUGGACUCCCCGUUAUAUCUGACUUGGGCGGUUUAGCUAAAAACGUUUGUGGAAAUAUGACACUACAGUUGCGGAUAUCGAUCGUCUACACUUUUGCAAGAGGCCGUUGAGAGGUUUGUCACUUUUCUCCACCGAACAAUGUCAACGUUACUAGGAGAAGUUGUGCUGUCGGAAUUAUUUCUAAACAACUUACAAGACCUGGAAAAGCACAGGAAUGCAAAAAAAGACAGCCUGUCACAAAAUUCAACAGUUCACUCCCCUUUUGGUGGACUCGAGAUUAUACUGACAUAAUGCAGCUGUAGUGUUAUGGAACCUUGGAAAUAAGACUUUUUGCAUAUUCACAGAUGAACAUGCACGUUCAUGACUGUAGACUAAAAAUAGUCUUGACUGAAUCUUCAGGACAGCUUCUAGAGUCCUAAAUGUGAAAGAAUUGAGAUGCAUUUCACUACAUGACAAAUAAUGACCUUUAAAGUAGAAAUGUUUUCUUCUAGUUUAUUAUUUGGUCAGGUUUUUAUAUGAAUGCCUUUGUUUAUAAUCAAACACUUCAGAGACUUUAGAUUACACUUCUGCUUCCAACCAGCAGUGUGUCUUACCGUUAGUUAUUGAAUUUUUUCCUUGCUAGCAUAAACAUUAAGGUUUGAUAUCAUGGUAGAGUUACACAUUUUAAAAUGGCUAUCUAAUGUAAAUUGGCACACUUUCCAAAAUUCACUGUCAAAGAUGAAAUCAGAACCAGUAAGAGACUCUGGAAGGUUGGAAUCAGUGAAGCUUGUUUUUAGCUAGUGGUCUCCACCAACUUAAAUUUGUAUCAUAUCACAAAUAUUUGACUGAGAAAAUGGCAACAACUCAACAAUGAUGUCUUGUGAUCUCCAUGAAUAUGGAACAGUCGAAGUUAGUUAUUUUAAAAUCAGCUUAAGCUGAGCUAGCUAGCUAGCUGUUAAAGGUCUUCAGCUCUGACGAUUUCAGCAUUUUCUACAGACUCGCUGCAAUGUGACAUCUUUCUAGUACAGCUAAGGGAAUUAUUAGCGAUAACACCUUAACAGAAUCUCUCUUCAGUGAAUGUAAUCUAUCCUUUUAAUACUCUUAAGAUAUUCCAAAGAUUUAUGUUUUUUUUUUAAAUCCUAUUUAUUUACUCAUCACCUACCCUUAGAAGUGUAAUUCAACGUUGCCUCAAGUAAUGCUACGAUAAUCUAGCAUCCCUUCAUCUUUCUAAUGACUUUAAAACAGUGCCUAGAAAUUCCUGUAACCAGGUCACCCACUGAGUCUUACAAUUCCAGUCAGCUCAUUUUGUUCAGCAAAUCAAGAACCUCCAUCCAGAAAUCAAGAUUUUUUAUAUUUUUUUUUUGGUCAAACACUGAAAUAAUAAUAAUCGCCUACCAUUUAACCAUUUGUGCCCAUAUGCCUUAAAAUGUGGAGUCUCGGUCUAAACUUCACUUCUCUCUUUAAAGAUGUCUGCAACAAUCAAACUAUUCAACUGGACGUGAUUUAAACUAUUUUUGUAACAAGAAAUUUCAAGGAAAUUUGGAGAAAAAAAAAGUUCUCACUACAUAUAUAAGCUAUGGACUCUAGUUUGCCUGCGAUAUACAAUCACCACACCCUUUAUUUUUUGUAUUUUUUAUUUAUUUUUUUUUUUACCAUCAAAUCCCAAACUUUCUCACUGGUCACAUAUGGAACAGCACAGGCCUGACGAAUUGUACUGUAUCUUACCAAAAAUAGACCCUUUAUAAGCUCCCUGGAAGGAAAAAAAAGACUUAUCACUAUCACUAAAAUUAACCCAAAAAUCAAAUGGCUUUUAUUUUAAAGAGAAAACCAAAAGUGAGUCAUACUUCUGCUUAAAUUGAAUACCGUGUUGAUAAUUGGUACUUUAAUUUUGAUGCAUAUCCACAAUAUAAAAUAAACACCACCUACAUUUAGCAGUAGUUUCAAAGCAAACGUGCAGAUAAUAUUAAACCUUUAUGCUCUUCUGCUCUUUGAGUUACACAAGUGGAACAAGUUCAUAUUUCAUGGUUAGCUUGGAAGCUAGCCUGCAGUCUGCUGCUGUACAGAUAUCCAGCUCAUAGCAUGUUCUUUGUGACUGUGAAUAUUUCCUCAUAGUUACAUUUUCUUCAGGCAAAAUACAUAGCAGCCUUCUUUCAGAUAGCUGGCUAACACUGCUCGGCAAAUGACACAUUUCUAGUCACUCUGACACUUUCUCCGGCAUCUCAAUAAACAAAGUUUACACUUUAGGAAAAGUAUGGCAGAAGAUCUGUGCCCUUUUGAAAUGGUAUCUUUUUAAAGAAGUGGUAUUCGUUCAUGACCAGCCCGUGCCUACUCGUGACCCAAAGGAUCUGCUGAAUACACGAAUAGGUCAGUUAGCACAUAACAUAAUUGUAUUUCUUUUCUAUAUUAUUUUAUUCUAAUAUUUUAAGGCUCUUUAAAAUCCACCUAUUCCUCCAAAAUCUAAACAGAAAAAAAAGAAGUGAGUGUUUUAUAUGACCAUGCCAUUUGUUGCAAAGGUAAAAUGACUUCCAGGAGUUUCAGAAUAAAACGCAUAACCCCCCCCCCUCCCCCACCCUUGAUUUAUUCAACUUAUUCACUCUUAAUUAUAAAGCAACUUGGUUUAUCGCCGAAAGUCAGUCUGUCCGUCUCGGGCUUUAAAAGUUGUUGUGAACAUGAGAAACAAACUUGCUGAAACCACAUGUGACCAGUGUGUGCUAUUAAUCUCUGCCCUAAAUCGUCCCCUCAACCCUCAGCCCUCAACCCGCCCUCAUGCCAGAUUUGGCUCAGCAACAGAAGCGUGGCUUUGACUGUGACUGACUGGAAAAGAAAUGGUUAAAGUUUAUGUAAAAGGGGGGAGGUGGGGAUGGCGAGCGCUUUGAAUUUUACAGCAAAUGCAGAAAGAAAAAAAAAAAAGUGGGAACGUUGUCCCACCUGCUGUUUUACUGUCUCUUUAGCCCUUGGCCUCUGUGAUGGCAACGUCUGGAACGUGACGGGGAACACAAUAAGCCGUUUAAAGAUGAAACGAGGCAGGAUGUCAGUAGGAAUCCCUCGGAGAGCACAAAGUAUAAAAAAGACGUCUGCGAUUCUAAAAAACAAGCAUUCAGCCGUCAUUGUUUUGCCAAGGAAAUGUCCUUUUACUGUAGCUGAAAAGUGUUUAAGGAUGUCCUCUUUCCCCCCCUGGUUGUAUCUGUUCGACACAUCCUGUCCCCUGUACCCACUUGUGUGUCACUGUAUGAAUGCCUGUGUGUGUGUGUGUGUGUGUGUGUGUGUGUGUGUGUGUGUGUGUGCGUGUGUGUGUUUACAUGGCAUCCUCUCCAGCCUCUCCAUCCUGUUCCUUGAUCCAAAGAUACUGGGAUCAGCUUGCAGUCUGGCUCUGUUCUACUAAUUUUGGAUCCAUUAACGACGAUGCAUCAGGGACUGGGCCAAUCCAUUCAGAAAGUGUGUUGUUUUCUUCUGUUUUGUUUUUUUUUACAUUGAUCUCACAUGUCAGAGCCAUUAACAAAGUGCCUGAACACAUCCACCUUAUCUUGUGUAUUUAAAUUGAAAUCAACAAAAAGAAUUGGUAAAAAAAAAAAAACAACA